UUUUAGUGAAUAGCCCUAUUGUGUCAAAGUUUGUUUUCCAAACGUUUCUUGAACUAUCGAACCACUCCUGGUAAAUCAAGGCCUUGGAGCUACGACAAAUCUUUAGUUGAAUACAAAUAGAAAGGGAGGUAAUAGACAACAUUUGGGAGAGCUGUACAAGUAUGGGAUCUAAUCUCCCAGUUGCCAAUUUGUACGAAAAGGAAUAAUAAACCCUAUUUCUGCUAAUCGCAGUAAUAACUAAACUAGGAAAUCCUACAUUAACGAAGUCGAUUAAGAUUUGCAAAGAUGGGUGAACGCAAGGGACAGAAUAAAUAUUACCCACCGGAUUAUGAUCCACGAAAGGGAGGUCUUAAUAAAUUCCAAGGCACACAUGCCCUUCGUGAAAGAGCCCGGAAAAUUCACCUGGGCAUAAUUAUUAUACGGUUUGAGAUGCCCUAUAAUAUUUGGUGCGAUGGUUGUAAAAAUCACAUUGGAAUGGGAGUGCGAUAUAAUGCUGAAAAGACCAAAGUGGGCAUGUACUAUUCCACGCCAAUCUACAAAUUUCGCAUGAAGUGUCAUUUAUGUGAUAAUCACUUUGAAAUACAAACGGAUCCAGGUAAUCUGGAUUAUGUGAUAUUGUCUGGAGCCCGAAGGCAAGAAAAUCGAUGGGAUCCAACACAGAACGAACAAGUUGUACCAGAGACCAAGGAGGUACAAAAGCGUUUGUUUGAUGAUGCGAUGUACAAACUGGAACAUCAGGCUAAGGAUAUAGUUGCCGGUGAAAAGGCAAAGCCAAUAUUGGAGAAAUUGAUAGAUCGAAAUAAAACACUUUGGAAUGAUUGCUAUGAGGCAAAUUGCAAAUUAAGAUCAGAAUUUAGGAGCAAGAAAAAAGAACUCAAGGCCCUCAAGGAAAUUGAUGAUAAAUUACUGGCAAAAAGUAGCUUGGACAUUGAUUUACUACCCGAAACGCAACAAGAUCGUCAAAUGGCUUCUUUAAUGAAACUGCAAAGUAAAUCUGCCCAUGAACGCGAAGAAGAAAGACGUCUAGAUAUCCUAAUGAAACCUGCCUUACCUAGUGCCACACAGACUACAUUCGGUGGUUUGAAGAGACAAAAAGCUUUAAAUUCACAACUGCAAUAUGAGCAAUUGGGUAUAAAAAGAAAAUUAAACACAGCUGAAACUGAAGCAAAUACAAGUGAGGAGUUUGUUGAGGCUAAAAAGGUAUCAAACCCAAGUGAGGUUCGUAAUGAAAACGAAAAUACCAAGGACAAGUCCAGAGAUGAUGAAAACAUUUCUCAACACCAAACAGUUCCUGUAUUAGUAGAUUUACCCAAAAGUUUAGCCUUAGUUUGUGAUUAUGCCAGUUCAAAUUCAUCAUCGCCGUCUCCAUCCCAACAUUCAGAUAAUGAUGGUGAAUAAAGAGCUGUAUCUAUUGUAUAUUCUUAAUUUUAUAUUUUAUUAACAUAACAUUUAUUAAUACCAAUUAUGAAAAGUGAACAAAAAUAUAUUAGAAAUAUUUCAUA